UAAAACAGAUAGUCACGUUAAUCUGGUGUCUCUGUGGAUUAUUAAAAUACACGUUAUACAAAUAUUACAAGGGGUACUGUUUAUUCUUUUUAUGCUUCUGAUAGGCUCUCCCACUGCACAUGCAUUCACGUGGGCUUGACCUACAUACACGUAUUCAAACAGCAUGGGCUGUAUUCAUUUCCUGAAGGAUUGUCACAUAAUACAGAAAUUCUAGACAACCAGCAAGAUUUGCUUUUACUCAGUCUUGCAGGACACAGACAGUCCCUUCUCACAUCUCGGAGGAUCUGCCACAGUUCUUCUGGACAUUCUGACUGUCACACUUCCUUCUGUUUUUGCAGGUUGUGAAAGAAGAUGUAUCACUCGGCCAUUCUCACAAUUUUGUCCCUGUUAUCUGUUCCAUGUGGGGUCUAUUCUGGUCAAAUUUUGGUAUAUCCAGUUGAUGGAAGCCACUGGAUUAAUAUGAAAGUUAUCAUUAUGGAAUUACAUUCAAAAGGCCACAACAUCACUGUGAUUCGAAGUUCAGACAGUAUGUAUGUUAAAGAGGAGUCACCCUACUACAGUUCCAUCACUGUUGGUGUGAGUGUAUAUAAUGAUGAAUAUUUUACCUCUUUUGUGUCUCUUUUGCUACAAUUUCGGCAACACAAAAGAUCCUCUUGGGAUGAAUUCCUGUUUGCAGUGGAGUCCAUGAAAAUGUUGUCUGAGAUUCAUGAGAAAAUUUGCAACAUGACUGCAAUGAUAUUUGAAAAUGAGACCUUGAUGAAAUCUUUGCAGGAGGCUAAAUUUGAUAUGGUUUUAGCUGACCCUGCUAUGGGAGGUGGUGUGCUGCUGGCACACAAACUUGGCCUCCCUCUUGUGUUCAAUGUUCGUUGGACUAUUCUUGGAGAAGGCCAUUUUGCCAUUGCUCCCUCCCCUCUGUCCUAUGUACCUGUUCCUGGAGCAGAGCUAACAGACAAAAUGACUUUUAUUCAGAGAGUCACAAAUGUGUUGAUUUACUUCUACACUUACUAUCAACAAGAAAACUAUUUUGGCCAGCAUUACAAGGUUUUUUGUCAGAAAUACUUUGGACCUGAUGUGGAUUACUUUUCCCUUUUUCAGAAUGCAGACAUCUGGCUCAUGAGAAAUGACUUUACUUUUGAAUUUCCACGACCCACAAUGCCAAAUGUGGUUUAUAUGGGUGGCUUUCAGUGCAAGCCCUCCAAUCCACUUCCUGAUGAUCUAGAAAAGUUUGUCCAGAGUUCAGGGAAACAUGGGGUCAUCAUAAUGUCUUUGGGAUGUAUUUUUGGAGAACUUCUAGGUGACAUUACAGAUGAAAUAGCAGCUGCCUUUGCCCAACUGCCUCAGAAAGUCAUUUGGAGACACACUGGACCUCGACCGUCUACCCUUGGCAACAACACGUUACUAGUGGACUGGAUGCCACAGAAUGACCUACUUGGACACCCCAAGACUAAGGUCUUUGUAGCCCACGGAGGAACCAACGGCAUUCAGGAGGCUAUUUAUCACGGCGUACCCAUUUUAGGUCUACCUCUAGCAUUCGAUCAGCCCGAUAACCUGUCAAGGAUGAGAGAAAAGGGAAUAGCCAAAGUCCUGGAUAUUUCUGGGUUGGACAGAUCAGUAUUUUUAGAGGCAUUAAAGGAAGUGCUGUAUAAGCCAUCUUACAGAGAGAACAUGCAGAAGUUGUCUCGACUGCAUCGUGACCAGCCCAUAAAGCCUCUUGAUCGUGCAAUCUUCUGGAUUGAAUAUGUUAUAAGGAAUGGAGGUGCUCCUCACUUGCGCACACAGUCUUUCAGGAUGUCCUGGAUUACCUAUCACUCUCUGGAUGUUAUGCUCACACUCCUGGGGGCUGUGUUGAUUAAUGGCUGGCUAACAUUUUUGGUGCUGAGAUAUCUUUGUUUUACAGUAAUCUUUAAAAAGAAAUUCAAAUGUGAAUGAUAUAUUUGCUUAUCAUUUGUAGACAACAGGUGAAAGGUGUAAUUUUAUGUACCGACGUAUAGAAGUAUGCAAAAUCUAGUGUAAAAUGAGUAGAAAUUAUAAAAAAUUUGUGGCAGAUCCACUAAAUCCCAGUAAGCUGAACUCAACCAAAUUGAGCUGGAUUCUAAUGCUGCAUUUGAGGUGAAGUCACAACUUGUAAUUCCCCACAUACAAGUAAAAACUUCAACUAGUCAAUUUCAACUAGUCAUUUUCUCAAUUACCAGUUCCUUCGCCGUUUACGCAGUGACAUCAAAUCAACAUGGCCUCACACACUGUGAACAGUCUAAAGUGCCCCUCCUCUCCUUUUAAAUAAGUUUAUAGCAGUAUUGGCUUUAGAUCAGUUAAUAUACAGACACAGUACUUAGUUAACACUGACCAUACUAAUCACUGUUUUGAGAAGGUAAUUAUCGACAUUAGAGUUAUCACAAACGUUAUCUGGCUAGCUUGUUGCUAAUGCUACUCGCUAUUGUCUGCUGGCUAUCUUGUUGCUAAUGCUACUCGCUGUCGUCCACUGUUGCUGCUGUACAGCAAUGUCACUCCAAUAUAUUGCAUGAAUGUUCAAAGUUGACUAUAGUAGAACAGAACCAACAGCCACUCAGGCCUGUAACUGUAAAAGUGCAGUUAAAGUAGCUUUUUAUGACCCGUCAAAACCAGCAAAAGACACGCUUUAUUGGAGGCAUCCAUAUUUUUUCCUACUUCGCACGUCGAACCUGCCGAGGUGGGAAAUGGAAUUAUUACAACUUGCAAAUUACCACUUACUAGAUACCACACACUCAACAUAAGCCUCCAUGAUCAGAGUUGUCUACACCUGACUUAAACUUAAGGUAUCCGUAAGAGUGAAUAUUGAGGAAAAGUUCUGAUUCAAAUAUCCUGAAGGAUUUUCAUGCAGAAAAAUGUGUAUGUACCAGGUCAAGAUAACAGUAGGAGUUAAUUAGAUUAUAUAACCAGUUUCUAACUAUUAAUUAUGGCUUACAAUGAUAUUUGAGUAUUUUCCCACAGACAGGAGAUAAAAAAUACAAAUAAAUAUUCAUUUGUUCUUUCAUUCAUUCAUUCAUCCAUCUUCAAUAACUGAUUUAUCCUGGUUAGGGUCUUGGUGGAUUUAGAGCUUAUCCCGGGAACACUGGGUGCAAUGUGUAAAUACACCCUGAAUGGGGUGCUAGUCCACUGCAUACACCAUGCAUACAUACACUCAGUGUACACUUUAUUAGGAACACCAGUACACCUGCUCAUGUAUACAGGUAUCCAUUCAGCCAAUCAUGUGGCAACAGCACCAUGCAUAAAAUCAUGCAGAUACAGGUCAAGAGCUUCAGUUAUUGUUCACAUCAAACAUCAGAAUGUAGAAAAAGUGUGAUCUCUGUGACUUUAACUGUGGCAUGGAUGUUGAUGCCAGAUGGGCUGGUUUGAGUAUUUCAGAAACUGCUGAUCUCCUGGGAUUUUCACACACAACAGACUCUAGAGUUUACACAGAAUGGUGCGAAAAACAUCCAGUUUGCGGAGGGUCUGCAGACUGAAACACAGAGGAGAAUGACCAGACUGGUUUGAGCUGACAGGAAGUCUAUAGUAACUCAAAUAAGCAUUCUUACAACCGGGGUGAGCAGCAACACACAACACAUCAAAGCUUGAGGUGGAUGGGCUACAACAGCAGAAGACUGUUUUUUUUUUUGUUUUUUUUUUAAGAAAACACUGGGUGGAACUUUUUAAUGGAUGUAAAGCAUAUUCAAAUUCACUAAUUUUAAUAAAACUGGUAAAAUCUUAUAUUCCACAUUAAGUGUGUCAAAUAAUGCAUUAAAUUUGCAUUUAAAUUUGCAUUUAAUGCAUUUAAAUUUUCAGUGUUUUCCAGUUUUCCUCAAAUAAAUAUAUGCUAUUUAAAUUAGCAAAAUAUGAACUGUGCAUUAAUACUACUGUAUAUUUGCAUAAAUGUGCAAUAGUAUUAAUGCACAGUUUAUAUUGCAUAUUAUGCAUAUAAUCAAUACAUAUUAAUUAGCUGAUUAUCCUAAACUUAUCCAUGUAUUUUAACACAGAUGUUGUUUUAAAGUCCUUUUUUUUUGCUCUGUUGAAGUCCUCUGUGGUAUAGUGAUUCUCUCAUCCCAAGCAAUAAAUAUUAUAGCCGUUAUUGUACAUACAAAAUGCACGUAUAUAUACUGAAAAAAGCUCACUGAAUUUACUUAAUUCCAGUGUGUACAUCGGUUCCACGUGAUUGAAUUGAGUUACAUUAAUACAGUUUGUUUUCGUACAUCCAACAUGAUUUGAUCAUGUAUUUUCAAAGCCCUGAAUAAAAAUCGAGCUCUGUGCACAUUACCCCUGCACCAUCCUACCACACACAGUUUAAUCACAUUACCGUAAUACUCUGGUCAUAGGUCCCGUCAGUGCCAGCAUCCUCGUGAGAUUUCAUAAUGUAAUUGGUUUACGUCAAUAGCUACUACGUGAACUGAUCACGCUCAUGUUACAUAAUUCAAUUUAGCUAUUAGAAACUUGUUUAAACUAAGGUUAGUAUAAGAAAUGAAAUCACGUUUUGAUGAGAAACUUCAUAUUUAUGUAAACUAUAGGCUACCUAAUAUAUUCUCAUAAAUCUGACCGACCACAUAUUCCCUUUUUUUUCAGUGUACUUGAUAAAAGUUUUUAGCAAGUUGUACCCCAUAACUUAGCCAUGAACCAGACGGUAUAACAAAAAUGUUGGAAUAAUGAGAAAAUAUCUCGAAGCAGCAACAUAAUAUCUUGUAGUAACAAGCUAUAAAGUGGAAAUAACGGUAUAAUAUCUUGAAAAUAACGAGUUUUGCAGCACCACACAGAGCAUUCGUUCUGACUGGCUGCAUGACUGUGCUCCGGCACCUGCUAAGCUCCUCACAGAGUGACGAACAGCAGAGCUCCUCACAGCAGAGCUCCUCAGUGGAAAUAAACCCCCAACCUCACGGGACAUCUAGCAAACCCGCCGUCUGAGGAAGGCCUGCAGUAGCACUAAGCACUGCACUCACCCUGCUCAUUAUCUGUUUGCGACACUGCUGUCUGGCAGACGCUUCCGUUGCAUCUAAUCAGCCAACCAAACUGCAGAGCAGCUUUUAUCUCCAAGCCAUCAGACUACUUAACAGCCAUGAACAUCCUUCAUCUAGCACUGAGACACUUUACUACUGCCACUUCCGGUCACUUAGAUUUACUAUUCAGAUUUAUUAUGUACUAUUUAUUAUGACACAUUUCAUUAUACCAUUGUAAUCAUGUAAUAGCCCAUGACUUUACUAUGCCAUUGAGAUCAUUUAAUAUAGCAUAUGUCACUUUACCAUUGUAAUCAUGUAAUGGCACGUGACUUUACUCUGCCAUUGAAAUCAUUUAAUAACACGUCACUUUACUCUGCCAUUGAAAUCAUGUAAUAGCACAUGUAACUUUACCAUUGAAAUAAUAUAAUAACAUGUCACUUUACUCUGCCAUUGAGACCAUUUAAUAUAGCAUAUGUCACUUUACUCUGCCACAGAGAUCAUUUUAAUAGCACGUCACUUUACCAUUGAGAUCAUUUAACAGCACGUGUCACUUUACUCUAUAAUUGAAAUAAUUUAACACAUCACCUUACUUUACCACUGAGAUCAUUUAAUAGUGAACGUCACUUUACCAUUGAAAUCAUUUAACAGCACAUCACUUUACUCUGCCAUUGUACACCACUGUUUCAUUUAACUCAUUUACCUUAUUUCAUUCCUGCAUCAUCUCAACCACUCAUGUCCAAAUAUGUGUUUGUUCAUGUCUAAUAAGUGUUUUUUUUACUGUCAGUGUUUAAAUCUGAGCUUCGUCACAAGCAUUUCAAUGCCCAGUGUACCCAGUGUAACUGUGCAAAUGACAAAUAAACAAUUCUUGACUCUUGA